UAUAGCCAAGGGUCACACAGCCUUCCCAGCCACCCUACCUUUACUCUCUCCCACGCGUCACGGACUGCUAGAGAACUCACCAUAACACACCAAGCACCUUCCUUGUUCGUCCUGUACUUACUUUCCGACUUUGGUUGUCGCGGUAAUGGAAGAUGCAGAGUGGGUUUUGGUGCGGCCACCGGCAGAGAAGGAACUCUGGAAUCCCAGUUUAGGGGAUGCAGAGACUUCUAAGCCUUUGAAACUUACGUUUUCUGGGCCGGCGAAGCACUGGACCGAUGCGAUUCCUAUUGGGAAUGGGCGGCUUGGAGCGAUGAUUUGGGGUGGCGUGGCAUCAGAAACUCUCCAACUUAAUGAGGACACUCUCUGGACUGGGACUCCAGGGAACUAUACCAACCCAAAUGCUCCAGAGGCACUAUCACAGGUCAGAAAACUUGUUGAUAAUGACGAGUUUACUGAAGCGACUGCAGCAGCAGUCAAGUUGUCAGGAACUCCUUCUGAUGUUUACCAACUUCUUGGGGACAUCAAGCUUGAAUUUGAUGAUUCGCAUCUUACAUAUGCUGAAGAAACUUACCAAAGGGAGUUGGACUUGGAUACUGCUACUGCAAGAGUAAAAUAUUCUGUGGGUGACGUAGAAUUUAUGAGGGAACAUUUCGUUUCCCAUCCAGACCAAGUGAUUGUGACAAAGAUUUCUGCCAGCAAGUUAGGGUCUCUAUCAUUUACAGUGCUUUUGGACAGCAAGUUACAUCAUCAUUCACAUGUAAAUGGAAAAAAUCAGAUAAUAAUGGAAGGAAGUUGUCCUGGUAAACGAAUCCCCCCUAAAGCGAAUGAAAAUGAAAAUCCUAAAGGAAUUCAGUUUUCUGCAAUCCUUGAUUUACAGAUAGGUGAUGGCAGAGGGGCGAUACAGGUUUUGGAUGACAAGAGGUUAAGGGUAGAGGGUUCAGAUUGGGCUGUCCUGCUUUUGAUAGCUUCAUCUUCAUUUGUUGGGCCAUUUACCAAGCCUGCAGAUUCUAAGAAGGAUCCCACUUCAGAGUCUCUCAGUGCAUUAGAGCAAAUAAAGAAAUUGUCAUACUCUAACCUUUAUGCACGUCAUUUGGAUGACUAUCAGAAUCUUUUUCAUCGUGUCUCGUUGCAGCUUUCAAAAAGCUCCAAGAGCCUCGUAGGAAAUGGGUUUUUAAAGAUGAAGAAAGUUAUAUCCUCUAUAACUAAUCCAGAUUUCAAGGAAAGUGAGGAUGUGACGAUUUCAACUGCAGAGAGAGUUAAAUCUUUCCAGACUGAUGAAGAUCCAUCUUUGAUAGAGCUCUUAUUCCAGUAUGGUCGAUAUCUACUUAUAUCUUGUUCUCGUCCUGGAACUCAGGUGGCAAACCUGCAGGGUAUAUGGAACAAAGAUAUUGAGCCUGCGUGGGACGGUGCUCCUCAUACAAACAUUAAUCUUCAAAUGAACUAUUGGCCUUCACUUCCUUGCAACCUUAGCGAGUGCCAGGAACCCUUGUUUGAGUACGUUUCCUAUCUGUCAGUCAAUGGGAGCAAAACUGCAAAAGUGAAUUAUGAAGCAAGUGGUUGGGUUGUCCAUCAAGUGUCUGACAUAUGGGCAAAAACAUCCCCUGAUCGAGGUGAGGCUGUGUGGGCCUUAUGGCCAAUGGGAGGAGCAUGGCUUUGUACCCAUCUCUGGGAACAUUAUACUUACAAAAUGGACAAAGAUUUUCUAAAAAAUAAGGCGUAUCCUUUGUUGGAAGGAUGUGCAUCAUUUCUGUUGGAUUGGUUGAUUGAAGGCCAUGGAGGAUAUCUGGAAACCAACCCGUCAACUUCUCCAGAGCACAUGUUUAUUGCUCCUGAUGGUAAACCUGCCAGUGUGAGCUACUCAUCAACCAUGGACAUGGCAAUCAUAAAAGAAGUUUUCUCUGCAAUUGUUUCUGCUGCUGAGGUUUUGGGAAAGACUGAGGAUGCUAUUGUUAAAAGAGUCCGUGAGGCUCAACCUAGGCUAUUACCAACAAAAAUUGCUCGAGAUGGUUCCAUUAUGGAAUGGGCACAAGAUUUUCAAGACCCAGACAUUCACCAUCGACAUGUAUCACACCUUUUUGGCCUCUUUCCCGGGCAUACAAUCAGUGUUGAUAAAACUCCAGACUUAUGUAAAGCGGCUGAUUAUACUCUCUACAAAAGAGGAGAUGAUGGUCCAGGAUGGUCAACUACAUGGAAAAUUGCAUUGUGGGCCCGUCUUCACAACAGUGAGCAUGCCUAUCGGAUGGUCAAGCAUUUGAUUGACUUGGUAGAUCCAGAUCAUGAAAGUAACUAUGAAGGAGGACUAUAUAGUAACUUGUUCACUGCACACCCCCCUUUCCAGAUUGAUGCUAACUUUGGUUUUUCAGCAGCAGUUGCAGAAAUGCUUGUCCAGAGCACCGUGAAGGAUCUGUACUUACUUCCUGCUCUUCCCCGAGAUAAAUGGGCAAAUGGUUGCGUAAAAGGAUUGAAGGCGCGCGGUGGGGUGACAGUAAACAUCUGCUGGAAGGAAGGAGAUCUUCACGAAGUCGGCCUCUGGUCCAAGGAACAGAAUUCUCUUACAAGAUUGCAUUACAGAGGAACUACGGUCACGGCAAAUUUACCAUCUGGCAGGGUUUAUACAUUCAAUCGGCAAUUAAAAUGCGUUAAAGCGUGCUCUCUUUGAGAAGCAAGCGGCCUUUUCUUUUCGAUUGCUAAGAUCAAGCUUGAUCUUUUGAAGAGCAUUGAGUUCUAUAUCGCCAAAAAAUUCCACAGAAUGAAAAAAUUCCCUUGUAUUCUUUUGUCCGUCUUUCUCAAUCAUUCUUUUGGUCUGGAUUUAACUCGAUUCACCAUGUCAGAGAAUCUUCCAACGCAUUAUUUAUUUGUUAUUAAUAACAGUUUCUUGCAAGAAUUUACGACGUA